AUGGCCCCGCCUGUUCUCCCUUUCCGGGAUAUCAAUCUUCAUGCAUCUCCCUCUCACUAUGCAUUUACAUCACCCUCAUCUCGACAGGCACCAACAUUGGUAGUGGACCGACCAACAGGGGACUUGCGCCUGAAUGAUGGACCCCUUCCAGGUGCUAAACGGAUCUCCAGCAUUGCAGGAAUUCUGGGAAUCCUAAAACUGAAGCUCGAUAAGUACAUUAUUGUCAUUACCAAAGCACAGCCUAUGGGCCGAUUGCGCGGCCACAUGGUGUACAAGGUUGCGGGAACUGAAUUCCUUCCGAUGCGCGAACGACCACUGCAUGACAACGACGAAGAUGCCUACCUCACACUUGUCAAGGACCUGCUCCGAAGAGGGCCCAUGUACUUCUCAUACUCGCUGGAUAUCACCAACAACUUCCAGCGUCAAUCUCAGAGCCCCACCAAUGUUCCCAUGUGGAAGAGUGCGGACGACCGCUUCUUCUGGAACCGCUUCAUUCAAUCAGACCUCAUCGAUUUUAGCGUAGGAGCCAACGAUACAAAUGGGGUGCGUUAUGGUCCUCAGCCUGGAGCUGACCCUUAUAUUCUGCCGGUGAUGUUCGGCAUGUUGCGCAUUGUCUCUGCCAAGGUCAAGUCAACUUCAUUCACUUAUGCCCUUAUCACCCGUCGGGCCAGACACAGAGCCGGCACAAGAUACUUCACCCGUGGAAUUGACGAGCAAGGUCAUGUGUCGAACUACAACGAGACUGAGCAAAUAGUGAUCCUUAACGACUCUAAAGGUGGACUUUCCGGGUUUGGGGGUGGCCAGUCAAUGACCAGCGGUAAGGCCGGCCAAGACCUCCAGGUUUACUCAUUUGUGCAAACUAGAGGCAGCGUGCCGGUGUUUUGGGCUGAAGUCAACGAUCUGAAAUAUACCCCCAAGCUGCAGGUUCGAGGGGUGGAGACUGCAGUUGACGCCGCACGGAAGCAUUUUACCGAGCAGAUCGACAUUUAUGGAGAAAACUACAUGGUCAACCUCGUGAACCAAAAGGGCAGAGAAGAACGUGUCAAACGGGCAUAUGAGCAGCUGGUUCGCACUUUAGUUUCUUCCUCGUCCGAAAGCACUGAAACUGAUGAAUUGACCUCUGAAAAGCUGCAUGUGCUGGAACCUGGGUCCAAGCAAAAAGAGAUGGAUCGUUUGCACUACGUGUACUUUGAUUUCCACAAUGAGACCAAGGGUCUCAAGUGGCACCGCGCCGAACUGCUGAUGGGCCGCUUGAUGGACGGACUGGUCCAAGGUGGCUACUUCCGCGGGGUUGAGAGCCCUGGUUCCCCCGACGGACAGUUGGACACUCGUUCCACACAGACUAGCGUUGUUCGCACCAAUUGCAUGGAUUGUUUGGAUCGCACCAACGUGGUGCAGAGCAUGCUCGGCCGCUGGGCUAUUACACGGCAGCUCGUCGAUGCGGGUGUUCUUCGCACUGGUGAAAAUGCCAACGACGACAAAGAGUUUGAAACCCUGUUCCGCAACAUUUGGGCGGAUAAUGCCGACGUGGUUUCCAAGUCUUACUCUGGCACCGGUGCUUUGAAGACCGAUUUCACUCGCACGGGUAAGCGUACUCGCGCGGGUAUGUUGCAAGAUUUGAAUAAUUCUAUCACUCGUUAUGUCCGCAACAACUUCAUGGACGGGCCUCGACAAGAUGGCUUCGAUGUUUUCCUGGGUACCUACCUUCCCUCAGACUCAAGCUUUGCGAACAUCCAGCUGUUCGUUGACCAGCGCCCGCUUGUCAUCCAGUCGAUUCCUUAUGUGCUUGCUGCUAGCGUCUUUAUGGUCCUGGUGGCUCUGUUCACAAGACGACUACCUGAUGCUACUGUCUGGCCUCUUCGUCUGUUUAUGAUCUUCUGGACGCUUGUGGCAGUUUAUUGCUCCCGCUUCUUGCAUGGACAUGGCAUGCUCUAUGUCAACUGGCCCAAGCUCAACACACCGGUCGCUGGUGCUGAAGGGUAUCAAGAUGCCCUGAUCAAAGCACGAUCUGAUCCGAUCGUCGGCAAGUGGCUCCCUAACAAACGGCACCAGCGUGGAAUCAGCAAUGCCCGUCUCGUAUUUUUGGAGGAAGGAAAGACAAGGAUUGAGUAA